UAAAGAUUGAUUUUUUGUCUUGUUUGUAAACGUGUAUACGAUCAGCGUAUUUACGUCGUUCACGUGUUUGGUUGUUUUUGUAUUUUUUUUUUUUGCUAUAAUGUUCUUCCCUGCCGUCACCCGAAAUUGAGGUCCGUUGAAUUUAUUUAAAGCUCACCGUCAUGACCGCCGUCAAAACGUGUCGGUCGACAAAGUGCGCACAGAACUGGCGUAUCGCCAACGCCGUACGCCUGUCAUGUUUUUUACCGCUUGCCGUUCGACAACGACCAUGACAAUAAUAUUGUGCACUGUGCAGUAACUGGAUUAACAGUAUCGCAAAAAAACAUUGACUGAUCUGACAUUUUUAAAUCGUGAUCGCAUUAUGCACCCUUCCAAGGGACUGUUUCGAAACGUUUAUUUCCAGCCAUACAACGAUCGGAGAAACGUGAAACUAUAUACUGCCGCUAAAGACAGCAAGCAUUUAGUGGAGAGGAUAUCAUUAGAAAAAGUGUUAGAAAGCCAUCGUGGUUGUGUGAACUCAUUAAAUUGGAAUGAUUCUGGUAGCUUAUUGUUAUCUGCUGGUGAUGAUAAGCGUUUACUGAUCACAGAUCCAUUUUCUUACAAAGUGAAUUUGGAUUAUGCUACUAAUCAUAAAACCAAUAUACUUUGUGCUAAAUUUUUGCCUACUUCAAAUAACAGGAUAAUUUCAUGUGGUGGAGAUGGAGCUAUUCUUAAUCUUGAUCUAGAGCGGUUAGAUGAAUCAUGUUGGAAUUUUUUCACUUGUCACAAAGGCACCUGUUAUGAAUUAGAAACAUUACCAGGGGAGCCUCAUAGUUUUAUUAGCUGUGGAGAGGACGGAACUGUUCGUGAAUUUGAUCUCAGAAGUCGUGUGAAAUGUACAAAACGUCAUUGUCCUGAGGUCGUGUUGCUUGAUUGUGGUAAUCCAGUUAACGCUAUUGCUUUAAAUCCAGUAAAACCAUAUCAACUUGCAGUUGCAACGUCAGACAGUAUAGUUAGAAUAGUAGAUAGACGUAAAAUAGUUCAGCAAGGUUUUACAAAAAAAAUUAUUCCAGAAUACACCUUUACAGUUCCUCAUUUGAACCAUCGUUCCUAUCGCAUGACAUCAUUGUCAUUUUCACCUGAUGGCGGAGAAAUGUUAGUUAGUUAUUCAAAUGAAAAUAUAUAUUUAUUCAAUGUUGAUAAACAAAAUUCAAAUGGGACAGUUGUUGUAAACGAUUAUCUAAAAAAUCCACCUAAACCACCACCUUACAGGCAUCUUAGAGUGAGAGGCGAUUGGACGGACACAGGACCAUUAGCUAGGCCAUCUCAUCCUUCAUUGAAUAGAUCAAGAUUUGAUUCAACGUUAAUGGGAAGAAUGACAGUGAUGUUAGUACAUGUAUUGAAUACACCCUCAUUACGAUCAGUCGUAAUGCAAGAUUAUGGACGCAGUAAUUUUUUAAAUCCAUCUCGAAUAGAACUAAGAAAUAAUAAUAAUGAGACGAAUGCUGGUAGCUCAUCGGCAAGUAUUCCAAAUGAAAUUUUAGAAGUAGUCGAUGCUACAAAUGAAGAAGUUCCUAUGGAUGUUGAUGUUGAAAGUAUUCUCACUACAAGUCCACCUUCCAACACUCAUCUUGAACAAUCAAGUUCAAAUAUUAAUAACCCAACAAUUGAAAAAUGCAAGUAUCUAAAAAAAAAGUAUCCUCAACAUCCAGAAUUUGACGAUAAUGUGCCUGUUCAGCCAAUCAUACGACAAUAUAAAGGUCAUCGAAAUUCAAGAACUAUGAUCAAGGAAGCUGUGUUCUGGGGCAAUGAUUUUAUUAUGUCUGGCAGUGAUUGUGGUCAUGUGUUUGUUUGGGAUCGUCAAACUUGUGAAAUAGUCAUGUUGUUGUUGGCGGAUAGUCAUGUAGUUAACUGUAUUAAACCACAUCCUACUUUACCUUUGUUGGCUACUUCUGGAAUUGAUCAUAAUGUUAAACUGUGGAGUCCACGAGCCGAAGAUAGCAGGUUUUCCAGGUCCUAUGCAGACGAGAUUGUUGAAAGAAACAAGCUAUUGAUAGAUGAAUUAAGAGAUACUAUAACAGUACCUUCAAUUUUUAUGGCAAGAAUGUUGGCUUGUAUUUGUCAUAUAAGACGAAGUCGAGGGAGACGAGAGAACACUAGAAAUGGCCUUUUACACACCUUAGAUGCACAAAAUAUGUUGAACAAUGAAUUAUCCACGAAUGACGAUGUUGAAUAUUUAGAUUUGUCGGCCUCUGAUAGUUCUCAAGACGAGAGUGAAUUAUAGUUAAAUUUUAUUAUUAUCUUUUUUUUAUAUGAUGUUUUAGACUUAGAAUAAAACAAAUAACAUUGAAAUGUCAUAAAACCAGUAUAUUACAUGCCUUUCAUUUUGUUAUCUGUUAUAACUUAAAAUUGUUUAAUCAAGUAUAAUCUAUACUUUUAGUAUUAAUCAAUUUUAUUUGAAUAAAAAAAGUUACAAGAAUAAUAAUAAGUAAGAAACAUUUUUUUUUGUCAUCCUAUUUUUUCCUGAAAUAUUUGUUUAAAAGAUGUUUGCUUGUGUUGAAUUUUAGAGUUAGAAAAUUGAUUGUUUAGGUGGUUUUUAUUUAAAUGUCUAUAAUUGAAUUGUGUAGUUUAUAAUAGAUAAUAGCAUUUACUAUUGUGACUACUAUGUGGUAUGUAGACAGUACAGUAUAAUAAUACAAAUUAUAUUGUUUAAAGUAUACAGAUUUUUGCUAAUUUUUUAUAUUUAUUGAAAUAUUUACUUGAAACAGUAGUAGGUACUAUAUUUUGAUGUAUUUGUUAUUGAGAAAGAAUGACAUCAUACAAGUGUUUCUCUUUUUUCCAUCUGUGGACACAUAAGAAAUUUGAUUCCAAAAAAUGUAUAAAUUCUUUUUUGUGAAGGUGUAUACUAAAUAUUAAUGUUUGUUAAUAAUACAUUUGUUAUUACUUUUGAUUAUCCUAGACUGAGUGUAACCUGCUGUUUGUGUUCUAUGACUUAAUGUUUUAAAAUAA